GUCUAAUGCUCACGUUUUGCUCAUUUACAGUCCCACGGAUACCGCGUUUGUAAUUAUGUGCCGUUGCCCCGCCGAAAGCCCUCAAGCGCUGUUGUGAAAAAGCGCGACGAGGAGCUCAGGCGGGGUAGAGGCCCUUUAGGAACGUCUUCCAUCGAUUUUGCGACAGCUGACAAAAUUGCCAGCAGGAGCGAUGGCCAGCGGUUUGCAAAAGCUUUUAUACUUACAGACCGUCAACAAAGUUGCACAAGAGAUUGAGAACCACCUCCAGAUUAGCGAUGCCACUGUAGCGGAGUUCAUCGUGGAGACGGCCAAGGAGUCUGGCAAUGUGGACAGGUUUAAGAAGGCCAUGCACGAAAUGGGACUGGGCGCAGCCCUUAACGACGUGCUCAUAGAGCGCUUCUGGAGCAUUAUCCAGGCGCUCACAGGCGGGGCUGGCGGCAGCGGCGGCGGGGGCAGCGGGGUAGCGCUUGCACGGCCUAAUGCCAGGCUGCCGGCGGCGGAGAUUGUGGAUACGCGGGACAGGGCGAAGCAAUUGACGCAGGAGCUGUUGGAGGAGGCAGAGCAGAAGCGCAGGAAGGAGGAGGUGGCGGCAGGGCCAUCAAGGCCGCCGUACAGCGGGAGCGGCGACGGCGCUGGGCCUCCGGGGCGAGACCCCGGGGAUGGCCGGGAUGGCGACCGCAGAGACCGCUACAGGGAUGACCGCGAUAGAGGUCGGGGCAGUGAUCGAGACCGGGAUCGGGACCGGGGACGCGAUGAUGACCGGCAUGGCAGGCGGGAGCGCAGCCGAAGUCGGAGUCGGGAGCGGAAGCGGCGAAGUGACCAAAUGGACAUGGACCCGCGUGAUGGCGGCGGCGCAGGGCCGAGCGGCCGCGACCGCGACGGUUUCGCUUACCCGCCCCCUCCACCCAAGCGUCCUGCGCUGCCCGACGCGCCCGAGCUGGGCGGCGUGUACCGAGGCCGCGUGACGGGGACCAUGGGCACGGGCUGCUUUGUGGAGCUGAUCAACUUUGCUAAGAAGAUGGAGGGUCUGGUGCACAUCGCGAACAUCUGUAAGAAGCCCAUUCAGUCUCCCACGGACGUGGUCAAGCGUGGCGAGGAGGUGUGGGUCAAGGUAAUCGGCAUGGGGAGCGUGGGCGCCAAUGGACAACAGCGGUUGUCUCUGUCCAUGCGCGACGUGGACCAGGCCACCGGCAAGGACCUGCUGCCGACGCACUUGCUGCCGGGCGCGGACGGGGAGGGCAAGCUGGCGAGCGGCCUCAAGGGCAUGUCCGGAAUUAAGGCAAGUGUCGCCUUGUGCAAGAUGUGGCGGCAAGCAGCAGUCCUGAAUGUCAGUCGAAGUGGCUGGAUGUCGGGCCGGUCUGCUUGGCGCUCAUCCUUGUUCCGCAUGUGGGGGCGGAUGUGGCUUGACGUGAAUACUGGACAGCACAGAGGCUGUCCCAGGUCAAGGCCAUACAAGGGCUUGUUCCCUGGCUCGUCCCGGAUUGGCAAGCCUUGGGUUGUGCAGCGGGCGGUGAACCCCGAGGACGACGAUCCCAACCCUCGACGCCGCGGCAAGAAGCUCACAGAGUAUGAGAUGUGGGAGAGCAAGCAGCUGAUUUCAUCAGUGGCUCUUUGUUGCUGUGAUUACCUCAACGGCGCAAACCUACUUGUCCAAAUCCUUGUCACCCCCGCCCGGCUCCUACGGGAAGGUGUGCUGGACGUGCGCGAGUAUGCCCACUACGAUGAGGACAGCGGAUUGGGUGUGUUGGCAUCGGCCACCGACCCGUCCGAGGCGGAGGAGUUUGAGAUUGAUCUCAACGAGAUGGAGCCGCAGUUCUUAAAGGGCGCCGGCACGCGUUCGGGCAUCGAGAUGAGCCCCGUAAAAAUCGUCAAGAACCCGGACGGCUCGCUGCAGCGCGCCGCCAUGACGCAGUCUGCUCUGGCCAAGGAGCGCCGCGAACUGAAGGAGCAGCAGCAGCGCACCCUGCUGGAGGCCAUUCCCAAGGACCUCAGUCGGCCCUGGGAGGACCCCAUGGCGGAUCCCAGUGAACGUGCCCUGGCUCAGGAGCUUCGCGGCAUCGGUCUGACUCAGAGCGAGGUGCCCGAGUGGAAGAAGGCGGCCAUGGGUAAGGCCAUCAGCUACGGCAUUCAGGACGCACGAAGCAUCAAGGAGCAGCGCGAGAGCUUGCCGAUCUUCAAACUGAAGCAGCAGCUGAUUGAGGCCGUGCGGGAUAACCAGGUCCUGGUGGUGAUCGGCGAGACGGGCAGCGGCAAGACCACCCAGAUGACGCAGUACCUGGCGGAGGCGGGGUACACGGCUGGUGGCAAGAUUGGCUGCACGCAGCCGCGUCGUGUGGCGGCAAUGAGCGUGGCGAAACGCGUCGCGGAGGAGUUUGGAUGCCGCCUGGGCGAGGAGGUGGGUUACGCCAUCCGUUUCGAGGACUGCACCGGCCCUGAAACCGUCAUCAAGUACAUGACGGACGGUAUGCUGCUCCGCGAGUGCCUCCUGGAUGAAGCGCUCAGCCAGUACUCGGUCGUUGUGCUGGAUGAGGCGCACGAGCGAACCAUCCACACCGACGUGCUGUUUGGCCUCAUGAAGGAGGGGGGGGUGCGCAGUUCUCAGCCUGCUGCUCGAGAGGGUGUGGGCGCACACAUGUGGCCGGUCUGCCGCAAGCGCACCGACUUCAAGCUCAUCGUCACCUCCGCCACCCUUGAUGCGGAGAAGUUUUCCUCUUACUUCUUCGAUGCACCCAUCUUCACUAUCCCGGGUCGUACCUACCCCGUGGAGGUGCUGUACACCAAGGCUCCGGAGCCUGACUACCUGGAUGCGGCGCUGAUUACAGUGUUGCAGAUCCAUCUGUCCGAGCCCGAAGGCGACCUCCUGCUAUUCCUGACGGGUCAGGAAGAAAUCGAGACGGCUUGCCAGAUCCUGUACGAGCGCAUCAAGGCACUGGGCCCCGCGGUUCCGGAGCUUAUCGUACUGCCAGUGUUCUCUGCGCUGCCCUCCGAAAUCCAGACGCGCAUCUUUGAGCCCGCCCCGCCCGGCAAGCGCAAGUGCGUGGUGGCCACUAACAUCGCGGAGGCCUCCCUGACCAUUGACGGCAUCUAUUAUGUCGUUGACCCGGGCUUUGCGAAAAUGAAGGUGUUCAACCCCAAGAACGGCAUGGACUCUCUGGUGGUGGCUCCCAUUAGCCAAGCUUCAGCCAAGCAGCGGGCGGGUCGUGCUGGCCGUACAGGCCCCGGCAAAUGUUAUCGGCUAUACACGGAGGCGGCCUACAAGAACGAGAUGCUCCCGCUGAGCGUACCGGAGAUUCAGCGAACCAACUUGGCCAUGACCGUCCUCACGUUGAAGGCCAUGGGCAUCAACGACCUGCUCGGGUUCGACUUUAUGGACCCUCCGCCCGCCUCCACCCUCAUAUCCGCCUUGGAGCAGCUCUACAACCUGGGGGCGCUAGAUGAAGAGGGCUUGCUGACCAAGCUGGGACGCAAGAUGGCGGAGUUCCCGUUGGAGCCGCCCAUGAGCAAGGUCCUUAUCGCCUCUGUGGACCUGGGCUGCAGUGAGGAGAUCCUCACCAUCCUGGCCAUGCUAUCCGCCCAAAACAUAUUCUACCGGCCUAGGGAGAAGCAGGCCCAGGGCCCAGCGGGCUGUGUGACUCCCCUGCCGGUGGUGUUUGUAGUGCUCAUCAUCCUGUCCCUCGGUUUUGGUGUCGGUACGGCUGACCAACGCAAGGCGAAGUUCUAUCAGCCAGAAGGCGACCAUUUGACGCUGUUGGCUGUGUACGAGCAAUGGAAGGCGAACAAGUUCAGCGUGCCGUGGUGCAAGGAGAACUUUAUCCAGGAUCGUUCCAUGAAGCGGGCUCAGGACGUGAGGAAGCAGCUACUCGCCAUUAUGGACCGGUACAAGCUCGAGCAGGUUUCGGCAGGUCGCAACUACACCAAGAUCUGCAAGGCCAUCACCUCUGGCUUCUUCUUCCACACAGCGCGCAAGGACCCUCAGGAGGGGUACAAGACGGUGGUGGAGCAGCAGCCCGUGUACAUCCACCCCUCCUCCUCGCUCUUCCAGCAGCAGCCUGACUGGGUACUUUAUCACGAGCUCAUCCUCACCACUAAGGAGUACAUGCGGGAGGUGCUGGCCAUUGACCCGCGCUGGCUGCCCGAGCUGGCGCCGCGAUUCUUCAAGCCUGCCGACCCCAACAAGCUGUCCCGCCGCAAGCGCUUUGAGCGCAUUGAGCCGCUGUACGACAGGUACAACGACCCGAACGCCUGGCGCCUGUCUCGACGCCGUGGCUGA